AUGGCUUCUCAAACUUUAUCCUCACCAGCGUCCUCCCCAAACGCGUCGAAACCUUUGACGCACCUACUCUCUCCCAAAUCAAACCUACGGAGGUUACUUGCGGGAAUCGACGAAAGUUCAGAUGAAGAGGAUAGCAGAGCACCGGGCACACCCAGUCUUAUAAAGGCCACAAGAGAGGACACGCCUCAGCUUAGCCAUAGCGAUGAGGAUGAAAGUGAAGACGACGACGCCAUCCUACAACCCCGAGGACGGCUUGCUUCUCGGAUGCAAGGCGUUCCUACCAAUCCAGCGCAGUCGGGGUCAGAGCCUACAGAAGGAGCAAGAAACCGCGUGAGGAAACUUUUAGGACUGGAUCCCCAAGAAGAAACCACACAAACUACUGCCGUCGAUGCCACGAGGGCCCCUGUCGCCCAAUCUGUCGAGGCUGAAGAUGAUGAUGACAUCCCAACACGACACAAAAGGCGCCCGAAAACCUUCCGGGCAAAGAGUCGGACACCGACGCCGGCUAGGGACUCUUCGCCGGAUCUCUUCGUUACGCCCUCGAAGGAGCUCGCGGGUCCAGUCUAUGCAGGCGAUAUAUCUGACGAGGAUACAGACUUGCGAGAUGAUCCCAACACAAGCAAGCGUAUGAAGAAUCGCUUAUUGGAACUGCAACAGAAGCGCAUUGCUCGAGAGCAAGCAGAACAAGAGAAGAACCAGAGGACCCAGGGACCAGGCGACGAUGAGGCAGCCGAUGGGAUGAGCGGCGAGGAGUCGGACAACAUCACCGACGACGAGGGCGGCCGAAAGCUCACUCAGCAGGCUGCAACCCGCCCUUCGGCUCGCAAGGCAGGCAAGAAGGCUCUCGAAGAGAUGCACCGUGAGACACAGCGUCUCAGCCGUAGCUUGCAGCUUGCGCAUGAGGCCAAGACCAAGAGGAAGAUUACCAAGGCGUCCCUCUUCGAACGUUUCAACUUCAAACCGGCAAACGAAGCCUCCAAAUCAACCCCAUCCUUGGCAGAACAGCCUGCUGCGGCUCCUGUCGCAAGUUCUAGCAGGGCCGCGACCCCUGUAUCUGCACACAACACGGACGCCGAGAUGAGCGAAUCGCCCACACCACCAACCUCGCCACCUGUGGGCGACAAGCCAGAUGGCGAUGAUCCGUCAGAAUCCCAUGGCACCGAGCAGGCCAUUGAUACCAAGCCGGAUUCGAAAGCUGGCGAUGAUCAAGACUUGCCAGGGCUUGAUACACUGGUUGCCGGAGCAACCAAGGGACAAGCCGCAGAAAAGCUGGAUAAGGGCAAGGGCAAAGCAACGGCUGCAGAAUUGGAUGCUGUGGACAACGCGGUCAAGCCAAAGCGCCAGUUUAGGGUCACAUUGCCCAGUGCAGUCUCGGUCGAUUUGGGCGCGGACGACGAUGAUCUCAUGAUAGUGAACCCGAAGAAGAGCAAGCUAGAUGCCAUAUUUGACAAUGCACCGGCCCAGCGAAAGAAGUGCGAUGGGGCAAUGCAAGCUUUGCGGGUUCUCGCCCAACUUGGUGGCUCUCCAGGAAAGGAUCAGUCCAGGAGACGGGGCAAAUUUGGGUCGGCUAAAGAGCCCACCAUCACAGCAGCGCAACUACAGCUCACCUUGCACCAGCGGGCGCGCGAACAGGCUCGCAUUGAGCGUGAACGUCGUUUCGAGGCUCUCCGGGCCAAGGGCAUCCACAUCCAGACAGAAGAGGAACGCGAAAGAGAGAUGCAAGAUGUCGAGGAUAUUAUGGCUGCUGCCAGGAGAGAGGCAGAGGAGAUCAUGCGACGAGAGAAGGAAGAGAGCAAGGCGGACAGAAAACAAUCUGGCGAGGUCGACCCUCUCGCCUGGGAUGACAGUGAUGAGGAAGGUGACUACUACGAGGCGCCGGAAGAACAAGAUUCGGAGGUUGAGCUGUCCGGCUCGGAAGAAGAGGACGCCGAUAUGGAGUCCGGGGCAGAGGACGACGCAGAAGCUGUCGCCGAAGGCCUCGUGGAUGAUCAGGGCGAGUCUGAUGUUGAUCCUUUGGCGGAACAAGAAGGCGAAGACCAAGACGUGGACGUGCCGCGUCAGAAGGCGCGCCGCGCCAGGAAACAUACGACCGUUAUCUCAGAUGACGAGGAGGAAGACGAUCUCCCCGUGCAGAAAUCAGCAAGCCCGAAUCACAAGGCCCGCGGCAUCGAAGCUACGCCAAAAUCCAAGUCCACUGCGUUCAGAUCUCCGUCCACCAGAGCAAUUGAGUCGCCAUUGCCUCCUCAAUCGGUCCUGCGCUCAGCUACCAAGACUUUCAUUCCCGGUCUGCCUGUGAAGGCUGGUGAAGCCGCUGGACUUGGUCUUACUCAAAUUUUUGCUGGCACCAUGGAUGACAGUCAGGUUGACCCCUUUGCGUCCACUCUCGUCUCCCAGCCGCGGCCUACAUUCGAUGCAAUGCCACAGACCACGUUCCCACAGGCCUCGAUGGCUGAACAGCCCGAGAGCUCCAUAAUGGACACUCAGCCGGUUACCCAACAGGACAGGGACACUCAAAACGCCGGUGUGAACUUUGAUUUUGACACGCAGUCUCAAGUCCAUGGACUUGAUAGCUUGAUGCGAGACGACGUAUUCACUCAGGCGUCUCAGUUCCCUGAAGCUACGCAAGAUGGUGGUUUCCAGGGCCGCACGCCCUUGAAGGAUAGGUUCGUUGACCUCCCUCAAUCGACAGUAGCUACGGUCGCCGUGAACGAGAGCCAGUCCCGAGAACCUUCGGCCAUUCCUGAGUCACCUGUAAUGCGCAGAAGCAAGCUUCGUCGCAAGGUCGCGGCCAUCGACGAGGAUGAAGAAGAUGCAGCGCAGCUUAGAGACGAAAGCAAUGAGCAGGUGGUACAUGCCGAGGACGAGCUCAUUCCUGGCACUCAAGAGGCGGCAAAUGCCUUCAGCGUGCUCAACAAGGCAGCCGCCCGGAAGGAAAAGCAGGAAGCUUUCGACAGAAAGAAGAGCAAGGCCAAAGAGAUGUUCCAGGAACAGGCUGAGGAGUCCGAGGACGAGUAUGCCGGCCUUGGUGGCGCCGAUGGCGAGGACAGCGACGACGAUGGAGAAGAUGUCAAAGACAUGAUAGACGACCAUACUAAAGCCAGCGAGGCAGAGAAGGCCAAGAUCGCUGCCAUUCAUGCUAAUCGCGAGCGUGUGGACGAUGAGAAGCAAGUAGAGAAACUCUUCCGGGAUAUCACCUCGGGAAUGCUUCGACGAAAGCGGGGUGCUGACUACGGCGACCUCUCGGAUGAGGAUGAUGGUGGCGAGGCUCGCCGUCGUAUGAAGCGCCGACAGUUCGCCAAGAUGCAGAAGGCAUUGUUCGCUGAUGAGCGCGUGUCAAAGGUGGCUGAGAAUCCGCGUACAUCAGCGUUUAUGCGAACCAUUGAGGAUCGAAGUGAUGAUGAGGACAUGCUGGAUAUUUUGGCACCAUCCGAGUCGCAGCAAGACGAUGCUAUUCCUGACAGCCAACCUUCAGCGACAGAAGGUGCUGCGCCUGCUGUGACUGGCAGGGUCCCUGGACCUCAGCGUCGUAGAAAGGAUCUUCAAAAGCCGUCCAACCUGGGUGAGGUUCGCGAGUCGCUCUCAGAUCUCCUUGAAGAACAUAACUCGAUGUCCUCUUUUGUACCGGCCACAGAGGAGGACUCGGAAAGCGACGAUGCAGACGCCGAACAAGAGGCAUCGCGACGACCUGGUAGCUCAGGCGUCAACAGCAACAAAGAGAACCGCAACCCCCGCCGUAGGGCCGCAGAGGUUUCCGUGGUCGACCGCAUCAGCCUCAAGCGAUCCGGCUCAUCUGCAUCUUCCGCCGACGGGGGCAGCCGCAGCGCUCGCACCGCGUUCGUGGCGGGCUCAAGCUCGGGCUCUUUCAAGGUCCCCGCGCUGCUGCGGCGCGCCACGACCAACUCCUCCAUGGCGGCCAGCGGCAGCGGCGUUUCGUCCAGCACCGGGACAGGCAUCUUGGCCUCGACGGCUAGUGCAGCAGGGGCCAUGGCUGGCGACGAAGCCGCCAAGGUCAAGAAGAACGCCAGCAAGAAAUCCGGAAUCAAUUACUUUGCCCGUGAGAACGAGCGGCUCGCGGCGCUGGCGGAGAGGGAGAGGAGGCGAGAGCAGAGAAAGUUCAAGGGUGCCGAGGACAGGAGCAAGGUCGUGGGCGGGCUGUUUGCUGCCGGAAAGUUUGAGUAG